GACAAGUAAAGACGGGCCAGUUUUGUUGGAGCCAACGGUGCACGCUCCUUCCAAGGAGCUGAUCAGAGAACAGUAUCCUCGUUUCAAACUGGGCUCCAUAAAGUUUGUCGCCUGUAGGAUAGCAGCAGCAGAGAGAGAGAGAGAGAGGGAGAGAGAGAGAAAGAGAGGGGGAGAGAGAUGGCUUCUCUGGCGCCGCUUUGUUAUCUUGCUUGCUUCUUCUUUCUCUGCGCAUCCUUCGGGGCAGCAAAUGGGAUGUACAGUAGGGUUGGUGCGGCGGCGGAAGAGGAGGGCAGGAGGUCACGGCUGCACACCGACGGUAGCCGCGGCGCCGCGCACGCGUGGCCUGGGUACCUCUACACCCGAGCAGUUGGGAGAUGCACACCCCGAUUCUGGAGCAGUGGAGUCGAGCCAUGGCCCAACAUCGUCCCUCAGGAAGCGGCAGUGUGGAAGGUGUUCGGUUCCAGGUCCGUUGAGAGGUACGGGCCACGCCUUACCCUGCUUGAGGCCACCAUGAGGACCGAUGACAUUGGCGGCAGCGCAUUUAUCAAGCUCGUGAAGCAAGGAAGCGCCGCCCUCCUCAACGCCUACACGAGGAGAGGUUUCCCUUUCGAUUCCUGGGAGGUGAAGGCGCUGCUGCUGGAGGCGCUCGUGUCUGAGGAGGCUGCCGCCAUCCAGGCGGAGCGGUUCGAGCAGGCAAACGAAUCCUGCAUUUGAGAGAUGAUGGAGGAGCCGCUGUUCCUGCUUGGAAGCUGUAUCAGCAGGCUGUAUGUCGGUCACCACUUUCUGUGACUUGGGCUCAUAAGCAAUGCUCUGUUUUGGUUGGCAUGUUGUCUAGGUGUCUUCAGAGUUUCUGAAAUUGUUAUGUGCACUGAUGUUUUGUGCAAUAUGUGUAGCUGCUACCUGUAUGCGCCGUACGUUAAUCGAAGUUUUAUAUUGUCACGGCA